AUGCUGGAGAAUAUGUCCAGACGUAACCGCUCCCUGCUGUCCCUGUCCCUCACCUCUCUGGCCCUCACCCUGUCCGUCUCGGCCUUCUGCACCUCCUACUGGUGCGAGGGGACGCACAAGGUGGUGAAGCCGCUCUGCCUGUCGCCGGUCAAGAUGAAGAACUGCGGGCAGAACAACAGCCAACCGUACACCACAGAGGCCCCCACCCCAGACCCCAAGAAUCCGGCCUCCAAUGUGACACUGUCUCCACAGCAAAAAGAGGAGCUGGCCAGGAUCAAGAGGAAGCAGCUGGCCAACGCUGUCCACUACAUCUGGGAGACGGGCGAGGACAAGUACAUGCUGCGUUACUUCCACACCGGCUUCUGGCUUUCCUGUGAGAAGCACAACGAAGGAGAAGAUCAGGAAGAAAAAUGUCGCAGCUUCAUUGAGCUGACGCCAGGAGAAACUCAAGGCGUCCUCUGGCUCUCCGUCAUCAGUGAGUUCAUGUACAUCGGUCUUCUGGCCAUGGGCUUCCUGCUGAUGUGCGUGGAAGUGAUUUGCCUAUGUGCCAAGAGGGAGAUGAACGCCCUCAAGAUCAACGCCUUUGCCGCCAUGUGCACCGUCCUCUCAGGUAUGAUGGGGAUGGUAGCACACAUGAUGUACACCACAGUGUUUCAGAUGACUGUCAGCAUCGGACCCAAAGACUGGAGGCCACAGACCUGGGACUACGGAUGGUCCUUUGCCAUGGCGUGGCUGUCAUUCAGUUGCUGCAUGGCGGCCGCUGUGGCCACAUUGAACUCCUACACAAAGACCAUCAUUGAGAUGAAGCACCGGGCUCGGGUGAGGCUGGAGGAGGCCCGAGCUGUCGCCCGCGCCCCCUCCUAUGAGGAGGUCGUUCGAGCUGGUGGUGGAGGGGUUUACUCCGUCAGCCAGCUGAUUCAGCUUGGCCAGCAGGGGGCGCUCAUGGACCCACUGUGGCCCAGAGGAGUGGGACCAGCUGUUGGACCUCUGGCAUUAGGAGUAGUUGGGGUGGGUGUGGGAAGGCUGGUGGACCCUCAUGGUGUGGUGGUGGUGGAGGGAUGCGGCGCUGAAGGAUGUGAAGACUGUGAACGGGAGAUGGACGAGAUAGAUUAUGCUCUGCAGGAGGAGAGAGAGGACUCACUCUGCUAA